CAGGGUUGUCGCGACGUCGGCAGGGGUCUCGGGGCUGGCCCGGCCACCUUCUUCCCGGAUCCGAGUCGAGCCUCGCGGUGAUGACGGGCGUGUGCACUCGGGAGGCAGCGGAGAUGGGUGGUUAAGGCGGCUUCCAGACGCGCCGGGCUUGAGUCCGGGUGUGAUGCUCCUUCGCUACCUGUGGGAUCCGGGCCAGCGACCGAGCCCUUCUGAGCCUCCGUGAUAGUCUGGAGAACGCGAACGUCGACUGGCGCCUGCUUCCUGGGGCUGCUGGAAGGACCAGAUGAAGCCGUGUCCCGCAGACCUCUCGUGCACCGUGACUGGUGUUAGGGGACAGCUGCUUUAAUACUUACACUGAAGCUUGGGACAAGAUAUUUACCUAAUUUCUGUGGCCAAAUUAAAGACCUACCAUGACAAUGAAGAAAGAGACCAAAUUUGUCAUUUUCACCUAAAGAAAAAUGAUAGACAAAAAUCAAACCUGUGGUACAGGACAGGAUUCUAUGCCCUAUAUGACUUGUCUGAUUCACAUACUUGAAGAAUGGUUUGGUGUGGAGCAGUUGGAGGACUAUUUGAAUUUUGCAAACUACCUCCUUUGGGUUUUUACACCACUAAUACUUUUAAUACUUCCUUACUUUACUAUUUUUCUUCUCUAUCUUACUAUUAUUUUCUUACACAUUUAUAAGAGGAAGAAUGUAUUGAAAGAAGCCUACUCUCAUAAUUUAUGGGAUGGCGCAAGGAAGACGGUGGCAACUCUUUGGGAUGGACAUGCAGCAGUUUGGCAUGGUUAUGAAGUUCAUGGGAUGGAAAAAAUACCAGAAGAAGGACCAGCACUUAUAAUUUUUUAUCAUGGAGCUAUUCCUAUAGAUUUUUACUACUUCAUGGCUAAAAUUUUUAUCCAUAAAGGCAGGACUUGCCGUGUGGUAGCUGAUCACUUUGUCUUUAAAAUUCCAGGGUUUAGUUUAUUACUUGAUGUAUUUUGUGCUCUACAUGGACCAAGAGAAAAAUGUGUUGAAAUUCUGAGGAGUGGUCACUUGUUAGCUAUUUCACCAGGCGGAGUUCGAGAAGCCCUAAUUAGUGAUGAAACCUACAACAUCAUUUGGGGUAAUCGUAAAGGCUUCGCUCAGGUUGCAAUUGAUGCAAAAGUGCCCAUUAUUCCUAUGUUUACACAAAAUAUUCGAGAAGGAUUUAGAUCACUUGGAGGAACAAGGUUAUUUAGGUGGCUUUAUGAAAAAUUCCGCUAUCCAUUUGCUCCAAUGUAUGGAGGUUUUCCAGUGAAAUUACGCACCUAUUUAGGUGAUCCUAUUCCCUAUGAUCCAAAGAUAACAGCAGAAGAAUUAGCUGAAAAGACAAAGAAUGCUGUUCAAGCUUUGAUUGAUAAACACCAAAGAAUACCUGGAAACAUUAUGAGCGCUUUGUUAGAACGUUUUCAUAAAAAACAAAAGAUCAACUAGAAGACAAUUUAAUACAUUUAUAUUAGUAUGUUUGUGUUUGUUGUACUGUCCUUUAAAUUUUGUAGGUUCUAUCAUUAGUAUUUUUAAAGAAAAUGUUAAUAAGCAUCUUUCACUGAACUUGUUUAAAAUUGUAUUGUUGAUUUUGUUUUUGCAAUAGUGUCAAAUUUAAAUAGUAACUUAUUACAUGCCUAAUAAUUCAGAAAAUGAUCCUGUUUCUUUUUAUAAAUUCCUGAUAAUAUAAUAAUAAACAUAUAGAUUUUAAAAACUAAGUUCAUUAAUAACAAUUUAGGUUUACAAACAUUCCUAAAGUAAUGCAUCUAAUCUGAUUCUGUUGCACUGAGCUUAUUUUGCAACAGAUUUUGCAAGAUGGCAUAAUUUAGUAUAGACAUUGAAGUUAGAGAAGAAAUACUUUCAUCUGUCCCUCAUUCCUUUCAUGACCUUGGGCAAAUCAUAUAAUGUUUUGGUGCCUCAACAAUUCACUUUUUAAAAACAAGCUAAUACUAUGUUGAGGAAUAUUAUUUUAAAUUCUUUUUUAAAUUUUAAAUUCUUUAUGUUUGCUGUGAUUGAUAACUGUAGAACUGAAAUUAUUACUGAAUUAAACAGUACCAAGAAUUUUUAGUUUAUUUAUAUAUAUUGGCCCACACAAUGUUUAAAUUAUUUCUUUAGGUAUGAUGUCAAGUUGCCAAGCCCACGGAAAAUAUACAUUGUUUUUCAAGUUGAACAAAAAAGAAAUUAAGAAAAGUAAAAUUUUUAAUAAUUAUUUUUAGUAUUCUAUUUCUUAAGAAUCAGUAGAUAGACCAUGUAGGGUGUGUUAUGCAUUGUCAGCUAUGCAAUGUGGCAUUUAAUAGUAUAAGGUUAAAAAUCACUGUUGUGCUCUGCAUUUCAUACGUUAGAAGCUGAUUUUAGGCUGAUAAAAGCAGAGCAAAAGAAAGUUCUGCUUUUGCUCAAUAUCAUGGCUUAUUUAGCUUGAUUUUGCAAUGAGUCAAAUGGUUUAUUGUUUCAAUAAAAAUAUACUUGAAUGAUAAAUUUAUGUGAACACAAAGCUUUCUGAAAAAUUAAUGGCUUUCAAUUUGUUGUCUCCUUGAAAUCUGAAUUUUAAAAGUAUUUAAAUGGAAGAGUACCAGAAAUAAAUGCAGUAUCUCCCUCUUCCUUUUUUAGACAUUAAAUUACUUGGAUUUUUGUAUAGAUUUUUGUAUAACAGGUAUAUAUGUAUGAUGUGUUUAAUGUAUAUAAAAUUAAGCAACAUAAAAAUAAAGUAAAUUGCAAUUCAUUUUCUUGUGAAA